AUGUCGAGCGGUAGUGGGCGAAAUGACAUCAAUAGUAAUCACCCACCACUCUUGACAAUCUCACAAGCCAAAGAGCGCGGUAUGACGGAUGCAAUAGGCGAUAUUUUUGUUCAAGAGCAAGUAAAAGAGAUAGUAAAAGAACACAAAGAUGGUGUGAUACUCAGCGAAAUACCCAAACUGUAUUUUGAAAAGUAUGGUCGCGCUCUCGUUUAUCAAGGUCAAGGAAAACUGUCAGUCGCGUUGCCGGGGAAUGUUCGUGAAAUAAAACUCCAACUACGUGGGAAAAAUCAUUUUGCCUUUUACACGCCAGACCAGCAUAAUCAUCAUAAUGAAGAAACAAGGUACGCUCUGAAUCGGAAUACGAGUAGCAAUUAUCCCGGUGAUGAAUUCAUUAGUGAGGUUAAUCGUGUGCCGUUACUGAAACCAAGAUACUUUAGAAGUGAACAGAUUUCAGAUCCAGAUAUCACUACCACCACCGGUAUCAAUAGAAAGCGUAACCGGGGAACAAUUUUUCAUUAUCAUAAAAAACAGGAGCGUGAUGAGAGUAUGAUGAUGUAUCAUCGAUUGGAUUCUCGACUAGAAAGAGAGAAUGCAGACGUCAAAGGAAUAAAAUAUCGUCGUGGAAUUUGGAAUAAACAAGAUAUGGAAAUGAAUUCUCAGCCAGAAAGCCUGAAUGGAGAAUAUGAAAUUGACAUCCGUCAUCAAAAUAAGAAGGUACUCAGGAGUUCAAAUUCAGAAAGUGAAAUUGAACCAUACAUAAAGAUGGAGUUCUAUCAAGCAGGCGAGAAUCUACCAUCAAAUAACGGCCAUCUAAGACUAGUGACCGAUCAUGAGCUAAGUUUCCAGGAAGCGAAUGGUGGAUGUCAACCUUUCGAUAACUCGAGUUCCUUCAUGCCUAUGGGAUGCGGAUUUUUUUACCCGUCGAUGCCAAUUGCACCGACGGUUCAAGUACUCGAUGAUUCUUCAGAAUGGUCACCAGAGGAACUUCAAGAGGUGUUACUGCAACUUUUAUUUUCAGAUUAG